UUCAUCGCUAACUUGUCGCUCUCCCUCAGGCACUCUGUCCAUGAGUGAGAAUGAGACACAGUCAAGACUCUCAGCUCAACUUCUCCAGAACCCCCCUGCACGGGACAUAAACACCGUUCAGCCACAUCGUUGAGAACCGGGUUUCUGAAAAGGCGACUCAUUACUACCUCAUUCGGGGAGCCCUAGGUAGGCCAUCUGGGACAUCCCGUCGCGUUGCGGGAACCCGCGGGCGGCCCAUGAUACACACUUGCACAUAUCAAUUGGUUUCACUGCCCUUUUUUCUUAUUUGAUGUCACUCGUUCCUCUUCCUUCACGUCGGUUGAUGACGACACACACUGCUGUCAUCGUUGCGCGUCUCUCUGUCUUUUCCAUUUCCUCCGGGGCUCAUCAUUCGCGCAAAUAGAUGCAUAUCGUUCGUCUGUAGCUAGACAGGCCGCGCGCAUCCAAAAGUUCCACUCACUCACUUCACUCAUUGUCAUCCGCACACACACACACACACACACACACGCGUACCUGUAUUCAUCUCAACUCAUUUCAUCUCAUCUUCAAAGUUCAUCCGUCUUACUUUUUCCCUAUUUUCUUCAUUUCGUUUUUUUUUCUCCUUCUCCCCCCUCCACGACAACCCUAGUCGCCCGUCGUCAGCACGCCCUUAUCGCGCCAACGAUUCGUCGGUUCGUCGUCUUUUGCCCAGGGAGCGAAGUCGAGAGCUCUCGCUCGUUUCAGAGUUCAGACUGCGUGUCUGGUCCUAUCGGGCAUCGCGUCCUCCUCCCCCAGACCAGGGAUAGGAUUGCGCAACACGCAUCUCAUUCUCAGGCAUUUUGCUGUCUUUCUCUACCUCGGCCAACUCACUUGGCAUUUUCCUUCAUAUGUGUUGGAACCGCCCGCACACUCUCUCCUCCUUUCACUCUUUCGAUCACUAUUCUCCCCAGUCCUCACUGCGCUAAGCUGCCUCGGCCUGCUUGGCUCAAAACCACACAACCACAAAUCAGACCUUCCACCCCCCGUCACAGCACACGGCGCCCGAGAUGCGUCCACACACCGAUCCCGUCUCCGAUGACGACACCAUCAUCGGCGACGCCACGCCGUCCAGGACAUCGAUAGACGCCCGCAACGCUACCGAGGGUACCCCGCUCAUUGCCGGCGCCUCCUCCAAGAGACCCGGCGCCGGGCGUAGCAGGACCGACUCCCUCCUCAACGCCGCCGCCAUCCACGUGCCCAAGGUCCACAACGCCGACGCCAUCGCCGCCAUCUUCUGCGCCAUCAUCGUCCUCGGCGCCGGUGCUAGCGGCCUCUGGGUCAUCCCCAUCACCCGCCAGGUCGAGGACAUUGUGUGUCGCGAGUACUACGGCGUGCUGCACUCGGAGCAUGGCGGCCCUAUCGACGAGGCCCGCUGCAAGGAGGACGCCAUCCAGUCAAAGGUCGCCAUGCUCUUCGCCGUCUACAGCGCCCUGCAGGCCUCCAUCGGUGCCGCCGCCGCCUUCCCCUGGGGUAUCGUCGCCGAUCGUUUCGGCCGGAAAUGGGUCUUCUCCAUGGCCGUGCUGGGCAUAGUCCUCGGCCAGCUGUGGUUCCUCGUCAUUUGCGCCUUUCCCAGGACCAUCCCGAUUAAGGCCAUGUGGCUCGGCCCGUUCCUGCAGGUCAUCGGCGGCGGCAACGCCGUGCUGUCCGCCGUCGUCUUCUCCAUGCUCUCGGAUAUCACGACUUCGGAAAACAGGGCCAAAAAGUUCAUGGCUGUUCAUCUGUCGUCCAUGGCCGGAAACCUCUUCGCCCCCGCCGUCGCCGGGUGGAUGAUGGAGAGGACCGGACCCUGGGUUGUUGAAUGGAUAUCCGUGACCGGCUUCGCGACGCUCUUCUUCACCAUCCACCUCAUCCCGGAGACGAAGACGGCGGCCCAGGUGCUGCCGGACCCCAUCGCGGACGAGCCCGAGGCUGAGUCGCCCGUUGUCGGCACCAUCCAGCACACGCUCCACCGCCUCCGGGAGUCUCUGAGCCUCCUCGCAUCCCCCUCCCUCGUCAUGCUGCUCGUGGCGACGCUCAGCUCGUACCCAGUUGUGCUGUCGACCUUACAGUUCAUGACCAUCUUCGCCUCGAAGCGCUACCACGUCUCGCUGUCCCAGACGGGCUAUCUCUUGUCGCUCUACGGCCUGGGCGUCUUCUUCACCAUCGUCGCCAUCCUGCCGGGCGUCUCGAAGCUGCUCGCCUCCCCCAAGACGCCGGAGCCCCUGCGUUUCACUGAUGACAACAGACGCGACCUCUUCCUCGCCCGCGUGUCGUCCGUCGCGCUUCUCCUCGGCGCCCUGAGCAUGGCCGCAUCGCCGACUAUCGGCGCCUUCAUCGGCGGCCUCGCGAUAUUGUCUCUUGGCUCGGGCUGGGGCAGCUAUGUGCGCAGCCUCUGCGCCGUGUACGUCGACGCCGCGCACCGAACGCGUCUGUACUCCAUUAUCUCGGUCGUCGAGACGGUGGGCAUGACGUUCACAGAGCCCAUGCUCGCCGGGCUUUUCAGCCUGGGUAUGAGGCUCGGGGGCCUCUGGAUCGGAUUGCCGUACGUGGGCGUGGCUGGUUUCUGCAUCGCUGCCCUGGGGCUGCUUCUCUUUGUGAGGCUUCCGCCGCCGAAGGGCAAGGGCGCGCACGCGUCUGGCGAUGAUGCCAGGGUCGAGCCUCAAGCUCAGUGAUGAGCAAGCUACCCCCCUUCCCUCUUCUAAAAGGAAAUUUCCUUUUCUCGAUUCAGUUUGGCGCCCGGCGAUACCAUGGAUGGACGUAUUAGAGCGAUGGAUUAUUAGGAACAACUGAGAACAUACUAGAUGACUGUUACUGGAGGUUGCGCAGAAAUUACAGGAAUCUCUCGGUAGCAUUGCUUUGGACUACGAACCGAGUUCGCUCUGGUGCUCCCUAUUCACUCGUGACC